CGCGCAGUUCUGUCUAAUCACACGUAAUUGCUUCCAAUAUUUUAAGAGCAGAUGGCGGUAAAGUCCAUUUAUGAUUUUUAAAAGCACAUUGUACAGUGACUGCAUGGUUAGGAUUUGAACAAAAUAUUUAUUAUAAAUUAAAUGUGAAUUUGUUAGAAUUUUUCCCUAGAAGAUGAAGAGAGAACUCGAAUUUAAUACUGGUAAAACUACCACUGGUAUCAGGCGAAAGUGGUACGAAGAGUAUCAGAAAGUAGAGAGGCCUUGCAAGCACUCCAAAUCCGAAGCGGACGUGCUGUAUCUGAAAGAUGAGGCGAAGAAAUGUCUGGAUGCGGAAACUGCUGCUUUUCAGUUAAAACAAUCUCGAUCGCAUGACUCGGAGACAAAGUGGCUGAAAACUGCAUUGCAACGAGGCACCACGUCGGACAAAGUGGCAGCCAGUAUAGUACUGAUACAAGACAACCCGAAGUAUAAUUUGGGCCGCCUGGUGUCUUUGGUGUCUCAAGUGCGAGGCGCCAAGCACAAUCAGUGCGGUAUGAUCAUCAUGUCACUCAAGGAACUCUUCCUGACCGAUCUGCUGCAUCCUCAGUUUAAGUUGUUGAAAUUGGAAGAACAAGAUUUGGACAAGCUCGACGUGGAGAACGGAUCGGAUCCCGUCAUAAAGUCGAAUACCACCAGGAACAGACUGUUGGCACAUUGGUACUUCGAGGAUCAAUUGCGCGAGCAAUACGAACGGUUUGUUCUGAAUCUGUCCGCGGUCGCCUCUGACACAGUCGAUACGAAUCGCGAGAAGGCGAUAGGUGCGAUGACCGAUCUGUUGGUAGGUAACGCCGAGCAAGAGCACAAGCUGUUGGAAUUGCUCGUGAACAAGAUUGGUGAUCCGAGCAGUAAGGUUGGCUCUAAAGCUGUGUUCUGCAUUAACAAGCUACUGCAUGAACACCCGAACAUGAAAGUCGUGGUCCUGCGCGAAGUUGAAAAGCUGCUGUUCCGAAAGAAUGUGAGUCAGCGUACUCAAUAUUACGCUGUAUGCCUUCUGGCGCAAUACGUCCUGGAUAGAAACGACGAGGAGGUGGCCGCUACACUGAUAGAAGUAUACUUCGCGUUUUUUAAGGCGUGUCUGAAGAGAGGAGAACCUGACAGCAGAAUGAUGGCAGCAAUUCUAAUGGGCGUUAAUCGAGCAUAUCCCUUUGCUAAGGUGGACUCAAAGGUAUUGAAUGAACACAUUGAUUCUAUCUACAAAGUGGUGCACCUUGGAUCCUUUAAUGUUUCUCUCAAUGCACUCAGCUUGUUGCAUCAAAUAACAGGUAAAAACGAGUCUCAGGCUAAUCGAUUUUACUCGGCUUUUUACAAGAAGCUACUCGAUCGGCAGAUAGGAGUGGCGAAUAAACAAGGAGUGUUCCUUAACUUGUUGUAUCGAGUACUUCAAAGAGAUCAAAGUAUAUUGCGUUUGUAUGCUUUUAUCAAGCGAAUUUUGCAACUUACUUUCUACUUUCCUGCGAAUUUGGCAUGCGCCAUGCUAUACAUUGUCUCCAAAGUUCUUCAAGGUCGCAAGGAUUUAAAACAUAUAUUGCUCGACUCACAUCAGGCAUCUAUUAAAGUUGAAAAUAACAUAUGUGAAGUAAACGACAGCUCGUCAGAUACGGAGGACGUUUGCGAGAUAAAUGAAAACUCCAUUAUGCUAUCAAACAUCACAAUCGGCGUGGACAUGGAAACAAAGCCUGAUGUGAAAAAAGAUGACAUAAAAAUUGAAGCAGAAGAUGUAAAGUCGUACAAUCCCUUUUGUCGAAAUCCCCUGUAUGCGGGCGCAGUCAAAGGACACAAUACCGAGCUCGAAGCGUUAUCCAGGCAUUUCCAUCCGAGCGUCGCCUUCUUUGCGAAUCAAAUCAUUCAAGGAAAAUCGAUUGAGUACACAGGUGAUCCCUUGGAGGAUCUGACGUUGAUUCGAUUUUUGGAUCGGUAUGUCUUUAAAAAUCCGAAAAAACUGGAGGAUAAGAAGGUGCAAAAAAAGAAUGAUCCUUUAGCACAACGGGCUGGAUAUACGCCCAAGGGCGUACGAUCUCUUCCGGUCGAUAGUGCGGCAUAUCUCAAUGAAAGGGAGGAGCGAAUACCGGUGGACGAGUUAUUUUUGUAUAGAUAUUUAAAACAUAAGAAUGAAAUUAAGAAACAUAUCAAAAAAGAAGACAAUGACGAAGAUGACGCAGACAGCGUCAAUAGCGAAGAGUUCAAUGAUAUGUUGGAUCGUAUGGGUGGUCAAGAUUUUGACGAUUUGGAUAUUGCGGCUAAUAUCAUACCCAGAAAAAAGAAAAGUAAAACGGAUAAAGAUUUUGAUGACGAGGAUGAUGCAGAUGAUAACGAAGACGAGAAUGAUGACGGUCAAUUUGAAGAUGGCGAUAUGGAUGAUGCAUCUGAAGAUUUUGAUGAAGAUGUGAAUGACGAUAAAGAUGUAAGCGACUUACAAGAUUUAAGCGAUAUUGAUUUUGCAGACGUAGAUGAUGAUCUAAGUGAUAUAGAGUUUAACAAUUCUGAAGACGAGAUAAUAGAUAACGAUUUGAUCUCGAGUUUGAAUAAAAAACUGAGUGCGAAAAGUUCGAAGAGUAAAGAGAAAAAAGGAGAAAAUAGGAUCGAUAGCAAUAUAUUCGUAUCGGCGGAGAAAUUUGCCGAAAUGUUGGAGGAACAAAAUAAAACAAGGGGAAAACAUGGUGGCAGUAAUGUCUUUAGCAGCAGCGAUGGCGCUAGCGCUAAGCAAAUAGAUUGGGAAAUGAAGCGACAUGAACGAAUAAAAGGAUCAUUUAGCAAGAAGAAGCGUAAGUCUGGUCGAUCAAAUAACAAUAAUCGCAUUAAAAGAAGUAAACGAUAAUAAAUAUGUAACAAAUUUGUAAGAAUAAUAAAUAUUUAAAGGAAAGAACAAA